CCUCGCUCCACGUUCCGCGCAGAGGAACGAGGCUCCAAAUUCAAAUCAACGCAGCCUCACGCCGGCGGCGAGCGCGAGGGGCGGAGCCUGCCCGGCGUGAGCGGAGACGCGCCGUGUGAUUGCCCGGGAGAGAGGAAGGCGCUCCAGUUCCGGGUCAGGCCCUUCUCCCGCCUCCCUCGGCCUUAGCCAUGGCGAGUAGCAGCGGCGCUGGGGGGGCGGCGGCGGCCGCGGCGGCGAAUCUGAAUGCGGUGCGGGAGACCAUGGACGUUCUGCUUGAGAUUUCAAGAAUUUUGAAUACUGGCUUAGAUAUGGAAACUCUGUCUAUUUGUGUACGGCUUUGUGAACAAGGAAUUAACCCAGAAGCUUUAUCGUCGGUUAUUAAGGAGCUUCGCAAGGCUACUGAAGCACUAAAGGCUGCUGAAAAUAUGACAAGCUGACUUUCUGGAGAAAUUCUGAUGAGAUAUGUCAAGCUGUGCGAGAGGAUUUGAAGAUGGCAUUGUAGUUGAGAAUGUACAAUGAAAUUACUGCAUGCAGCAGUGUAGAAAAAUUUUCCUUUUUAAAAGAAUUAUAAAACCAUAGCUUUAUAAAUCAGUGGAAAGUGACUUACAGAGAGAACUAUCAGAUGUGUUUACAUCACAUCUUAUUCACUUUUUUUUAAUGGCUCUAAUGCUUUGGCAUUGCUAUGUUCAUAUUUAUAUAUUCCUUAUUUAUAGCUCUGAUAGCUUUAAUUUUCUAAGCAGUCUGUCUAUCAGAUGUGCACAUCUGCUGUGCCUGGUUGAAGUAUAGUAGAACCCAUCAGUAGUAAUGUGUAGUAGUUAUGACUUGUUGACAUUUCCAUUAUAAACUUUAAUUUUGAAUUGUUUAUGCAUUAUAACUGUGGAUUUAUAUUGUAUUGGGCUGAAAGCUGACAGGAUUUCAGCCACCAUUCGUGAAUUUUGAUUUAGAUUCAUUAUUAUAUCAGAAUCUUGUUUUUUAAAAUAAGAGCAUGGAAAACAUUUCUUGUAAUCUGCUCCUUAACAAAGAAUUUUUAGUUUUUUAAACAGUUUGUUGGGCAGCUAAUAGUGUGAACCAGGUCAUUUUUGUAUUGAGUAAAAAAUUAAACUUUGAGAAACUUGGAUUUUAAAAGUAAUGACAAUGCUUAGGUUAGUAUUAUUUGUAAUUUGAGUCAUUUACAUCUAAUGAGAAUGUUAGUUGAGAAUGUUUUCUUAAAGUUUUAUACCCUAUAGAGGACUAAAAAAAUAAUUUGUAAAAUGAAACAUAGCAAACAUGCAAAAUUCCUAGUUACUUUUAUUACAUAAAAGUAAUUUUAGUGCUUACCUAAUAAAUCUUGAAUGGUUAUUUAAUAAAUUA